AUGCAAAAUCAGAGCACUGUAACUGAAUUCAUUCUCCUAGGACUUUCACAGAAUCCCAAAAUUCAGAAGAUAGUUUUUAUUGUAUUUUUGUUUAUCUACAUUGCAACUAUUGGGGGCAAUAUGGUUGUUAUAGUGACCAUAAUCUGCAGUCCUACACUGCUGGAAGUUCCCAUGUAUUUCUUCUUGGUAUUCUUAUCUUUCCUGGAUGCAUGCUUCUCUUCAGUAAUCAUGCCAAAGAUGAUUGUGGACUCCCUCUAUGAGAGGAAAACCAUCUCCUUUGAAGGAUGCAUGAUACAGCUCUUUUUGGAACAUUUCCUCGCUGGGGCAGAGGUAAUUAUUCUCACAGCCAUGGCCUAUGACCGUUAUGUGGCCAUUUUCAAGCCAUUACACUACUUUUCCAUCAUGAACUGGAGACUCUGUAGAAUUCUAGUGAUGAUAGCCUGGACAGGUGGCUUCUUACACUCUAUCACACAAAUUCUCUUCACUUUCAAGCUGCCCUUUUGUGGUCCCAAUGUCAUUGACCAUUUCAUGUGUGACUUGUACCCAUUACUGAAGCUUGCCUGCACUGACACUCAUAUCUUUGGCUUUUUGGUAGCUGCUAACAGUGGGUCUAUCUGCAUUAUAAUCAUUUCCUUGUUGCUUGUUUCCUAUGGUGCCAUCUUGUUCUCUCUCAGAACUCAUAGAUCUGAAGGGCGAAGGAAAGCUCUCUCCACCUGUGGAUCCCACAUUGCUGUUGUGGUUUUGUUUUUUGCCCCAUGCAUAUUUAUAUAUGCACGGCCUCCAACUGCCUUCUCCUUUGACAAAAUGGUGGCAAUAUUUUAUACCAUCCUAUCUCCCUUGCUCAAUCCUAUGAUUUAUACUUUCAGGAAUAAAGACAUAAAAAAUGCUAUGUGGAAAGUGUGGAAGAGAUUGAUAUGGUAG